AUGUCGCUGGCUGCCCAUACUGCGAUCCCACCCCUGCUGCUUUCUGCUACCCAGCUGUCGGGUCUGCUAAAGAGUGCGGACCCGCCGCGCAUUCUCGAUGCGACAUGGUUCCUGAAUAUGCCGAACCAGGCGCCGCGCUCCGGCCAUGCAGAAUACCUGCACGGGCCUCGCAUUCCAGGCGCGCUGUACUGGGACGUAGAUCUGGUCGCGACGCGCGGCGAGGCCGUGCGUAAUCUGCCGCACAUGAUGCCAAGCGCUUCCGUGUUUGCAGAGGCUGCGACCAAGCACGGCGUGAGCCCGAAAACGCAUGUCGUGGUGUACGAUGCCCAAGGCAUCUUUUCCGCGCCGCGCACCGCAUUUACCUUCAAGGCUUUUGGCCACGAAGCCGUUUCGGUUUUGGAUGGCGGCAUGCCUGCAUGGGUAGAGGCUGGGCUUCCGCUCGACACCGCUGCGCUGAAAGAGGAUCCGCACGUGGAACCGGCAACCUACGCAGCGCCCACGCUCCAAGAAAACUGGAUCCGGUCGUUUGACGAGAUGCUUGCGAAUGCAAAGCAAGGCGCGCGGGCGCAGACGGUGCUGGAUGCACGUCCUGCGGCGCGGUUUGACGGGAGCACGCCGGAGCCGCGGCCUGGGAUGGCGUCCGGCCAUAUUCCCGGCGCGCGCAGUCUGCCAUUCCUGAGCGUGCUUGCGUCGCACACGACGAGCGAUAGCCGCAUGCCGGGCUGCACGUACACGACGCUCAAGCCGCAGCAUGAGCUGUGGAAGGCAGUCAGCGAUGCGCUUGGUGGCGGCGAUGCCAUCGAGCAGCUGCGCCACGAUGGCAGCGCUAAAGGAUCUGCCGGUGCUUCUCUCUCGUGCGGCAGCGGCAUGACGGCGAGUAUUCUGUGGCUUGCGCUGCAGCAACUCGGUGUGCAUGGCGCAAUUUACGACGAGAGCUGGAUGGGCUGGGGUAAGCGCGCAGCAGAUGGCGAGGCGCCCGUAGAAACGUCGCAGUGA